AUGAAUUCUCUUUUCAUGCUUGGAGUGGCGAUUCCACAAUCUAAAUCAGUUUGGAAAUUCACAUAUAUGAUGGAUAAGUCAAAUUAUCUACCACCACCUCCAGUUUUUAAAAUUAUUGAGCAAAAUUCGACUUCAUAUUUUGUUGAUGCUCUAACUUAUCCAGAAAAUGAAACGAAUCCAAUGAAUUCACUUUACCAUACUCUUAGAAGUGGUUUGGAUAUUAAUGAAACUAUCCAAAAAAUUGAAAAUUUAUGCGAAAAUGGUAAUUCACAAGCUUGCCUUGGUUAUGGAAGAAUUUAUGAAUUUGGAGCGUUUGGUACCCAAGAGGACCACUCAAUAGCACAGAAAUAUUACUUAAAGGCAGAUAAAUUAGGGAAUAAUGCUGCAAAAUCUCUUCUUUCAUUUUAUCACAGAACUUACGAACCACUAGAAAUACCAAAAUCAGUAGUAGAAAGUAAUUUAUCUUGGGAUUAUUUGGAAUCUAUUUUACCAAUAACAAAUCAAUAUUUAGAAGGAAAGUAUAGACCUUAUUCAUGUCCAUCCGCGUACAAAACAAUAUCGCGUGCAGCAGAUAUUAUACCAACUAUGUUUAUAUUCCCAAUUCAUCGAAAUAUUCCAAAUUCUACAGAAUUAGACAGACUAUCUAAAAGUAAAGAUCCAAUUGACAUGUAUAACUACGCCAUGUCCAAGAUAUUUAUUCCAUAUCCAACAGAGCAAAAAGUCAAAAACGCAAUCAAACUUCUAAAUAAUUCAUUUAAUAAUGGCUACAAACCAGCAAUCGGCCCAAUUACUACCUUAUUAAAAUACCAAAAUAGUACCAAACUGUUCAAUCAAUACUUAAAUAUUGGAGUUAAAAUGGGAGAUCCAACAUCUCUAUUACUUAAGGCCGGAGUGUUGCUCGGACACACACAACCACCAUGCGUAGAAAUUCUUUCAUACCUUAGACAAGCUACAAACCAGAAUUACGCUCCUGGAUUUUUUGAACUUGGCCUUAUGUCGUACUACGGCUUAUGUGGUGUCGGCCGCAGCAAUGUAAAUGGCUAUAUGUAUUUUUCUCAGAGUGCUUCGAAGGGCCAUUUCCCAAGUAUGCUGAAAGUAUCUCAACAAUUGAUCGGCGGAGACGGAGCAGUGGCCAAUUGCGACAGAAGUGUUGAGAUGCUUAGACAACUGAUCGAUUACGGACCAUGGGUUAGGUUUUUCGAUAAAUACGUUCAAAGGGGAAGUGAACACGCUUUCCGUAAAAUGUUGGACUUAGGAUUAACUCCAUCAAAGAAUUUUCUUUCUUCCAAUUCUAAGGACUCAAGAGAUGCCAACCAAUUUAGUUAUGUCCGAAAUGCAAGAUCUGGAAACGCGACAGCUGCAUUAUGGCUUGCAAUGAACUCUCCUUUGCAUGAAGCAGAAGAAUACUUCUACAGAAUGUCUCAGAUGCAACUUGCAGCUCAAUCAAUUGUUGGUCCAGUCAAAUUCUAUGUCAUGAUGAGAGAAUUACCAAAGUAUAUCAAAGAAACUAUGCCAGAGGAAGACUCUAAAAUACUCGUAGAGUAUAUCAAACCUCUUGGAGGCUUAUUAAUAGAAUUUAUCUUAUUUAUUACUUUAAUAAUCUUAAUUUCGGUCCGCGUCAAAACAAUUCUUCAAUAA